AUGGGUCAGUUGUUAUCCUUUAUUAACGGAACAGAGCACACUGAACAAAUCUUUAUCGAUUUUGAAAAUGCUCAACCAAGCGAAGAAGAAAGAGAACUUUACAACUCUGUUGGUGAAGUAUUAAAUAGAGGUCCAAAGAUUUUGGAAAAAUUGAUCUCUUAUGCUGGUUGUAAUGAAUAUAUUAGAAGAGCUAUAACUAAUCCAGGUCCAGAGACUGAAGAUGCUGCUUGGGAGGCUGUUCUCCCAGCAGUUGAUGAGCUCCAAGAAUUCUACGACUACUCUUUGGAGUUGGAAAAGUGUUUCCCAAAGCUUUUAGUUGCUCUUUGCAAGGGUGAUCCAAAGUCUAGCCUAUCUAAUCAACAAGCUCUUGCCAAGCAAUUGGCUGAUGUUUUUGAUUUUGUAUUAAGAUUCGAUGAUGCCAAGAUGGUUAACCCAGCUAUUCAAAACGAUUUUUCAUACUACCGUCGUACUCUUAAUAGAAUGAAGCUUACUAAAAAGGACGCAAAUAUUAAGAUUCGUGAUGAGUUGGCCAACAGAAUGUCAUUGUUCUUUGCCUACCCAACUCCAAUGAUGAAGGUUCUUUCUGAAACUACCGCCAAAUUCUUACAAACCGAAACCACUGUACCAAGAGAAAACGUAACCACAGCAUUGGCCACAAUGGCCAACGUUUGCCAUGAUAUGGUCGACAAUAAGAAAUUCAACAACAAUGAUAUUAACAUGUUUUGUUUAAGAGCUAUGGUCGGAUCAAUCAUUUUGUUUGAUCACAUUCACCCACAAGGUGCUUUUGUAAAGAAAUCCUCAAUUUACAUCAAAGGAUGUAUUGUCACCCUCAAGGAUCACAAUUCAUUAUCAUCAACAGAUGGUUUAUUAAAUGCACUCAGAUUUACUACCAUUCAUUUGAACGAUCCAGAAACUCCAGGAUCCAUUAAACAAUUAUUAUAA